AUGGUGGACCAAAAUUUCAUAUUGGUGAAAGGGGAAUUGUUCGGUGAAAACACAGAGUUAGUAGUAGUGAACAUAUAUGCUCCAAACAUCGGUACAGAGAGAAGACGAGUCUGGGAUAAACUGUUGGCUAUAAGAAACUCAAUACAAGGGUUGUGGCUAAUAAUUGGUGAUUUUAAUGAGGUUCGAGUACCAGAAGAUAGAUGGAACUCCAACUUUGACGGUAACAAUGCGUUACAUUUUAAUAAUUUCAUUGGCACUGCGGGUUUACUAGAAUAUCCAAUGACGGGAAGGAAAUAUACGUUUAUGUCGGGGGAUGGCAAAAAGUUGAGUAAAAUAGAUAGAGCUCUAGUAAGUGAUGAUUUCAUGUAUAAGUGGCCGAAUGCUUCGCUCAGAGCACUGGAAAGAACAAUCUCUGAUCAUAGCACAUUGAUAUUAGCAACAGGGAGGACGGAUUAUGGCCCAAUACUGUUUAGAUUUUUUAAUAGCUGGCUGGAGACCCCGGGUUUGGUGGAGGCGGUAAAGAAAGGUCUUGAUCAUCAAGUAGAAGAAAAUUUCAAGGAUUUAGUGUUGGGUUCUAAAUUAAAAAAUAUCAAGGAGGAGAUUAAAAAAUGGAGAAGAGAGAAUAAAGAGGCCGAAGAAAAAGCAUAUAUGGAAGCCACUGAGCGACUAAAAAAGCUAGAUGCAGACGCUGAGGAAAGAGAGUUGGAGGAAAAAGAAGUUGAAACAUGGGGAGAAUGCAAAAGCAAAAUCAGAGAGUGGUUCCGAAGGAAAGCAAAAGACUACAAAUAG